UCCUGACCUCCGAGUCUAAGGGAUCAUAAAGUCGGCUUUAAUCGGCGGAAAGCACCGAAAAGAGGACAUGGGCCACAGCCUGAGAGUAUACCGGAGCUUUACAAACACCGUCAGCAAAAAAUUCACCGGUUUUUCCUCCUGCUGAGGUCGGAUUUAGCUCGGUAAGAAGACCGAGAAACGUACAACUUCUACCCGGGCGACAGCGCUGUUUGAGCGGGGAGCUGCUAGCGGAGGAUCGGCCCUUAAAGAACCAUCAAAAAAGGGCAGUUUUUAUAUUUUAAAGAUAAGAAUAGAUAUUUAUUUUUACCAUAAUGUUUAAGCUUUAUCUACAUAGAGCUGUCACACCGGGUUUUCCCCCCCGAUGUGCUCGGAUCUAGCUCGAUAAGAAGACCGAGAAACGUACAACUUCUACCCGGGCGGCAGCGCUCUCUGAGCGGGGGAGCUGCUAGCGGACAUCGGCCCUUAAAGAACCAUAAAAAAGGGCAGUUUUUAAACUUUUUUUUUUAUUCUAAAGAUAGGAUUACUUAUUUAUUUUUACCAUAAUGUUUAAGCUUUGUCUACAUAAAGCUGUAACACCGGUUUUGUUGAAGUUGACACCGGGGGUGACAGCACCGAGGCUGCCGGGUAUGGGGCUCCACACGCCGGGGAUGGGGCUCCUCACGCCGGGGAUGGGGCUCCUCACGCCGGGGAUGGGGCUCCUCACGCCGGCCCGCCUGAUGGGAACACACGGGAGAAACGAUCCGAGGGAGCCGCUGAACUCUCCGUCCAUCGCCAAAGACUUCAUCUACCGGCUGCACCCCAAAGAGAGGGCGUGUUUACUGAAGGAGCUGCAGAGUUUCGAGUCCAUUGCCAUCGCUCAAG